AUGUUGACCUUAGAAUUAGGCGCUGACCUUUGCAAUAUGUUUUUAUCGCAAUUUUUGUUAUUCCCAAUCUAUUACAUCAAUCGCUAUGUAUGUAUCUUUAUUAUGCAUCUUCGAUUGGUUUGUUGUUGUCUUAAAUCUUAUGGUAUCCUAAAUUUGUCAAAAUUCGCAACAAAUAUUGUAGAAAUGAGUGCUGCUAUCGCUUUAUUAGUGCCCCAAAGCGAUAUAGAGGAUGAAGUGAACUCGCUCGCACGAUGCCCACCUUAUCGAUAUUUAAAAGUUCGUAUCUUCGAUAUUUCUGAUCUUCCUUAUCAAGUUAGAGACGAUUUUCCUGGAAUGGUUGGUUCGAGAUGUUUUGAUAAUGAGAUAGCGGGUUUAAUGGACGGUAACCGAGGUGAUCAGCCGACGUUAAAGAGGUUUUCAAGGUAUAAUCAGUCGAUGUAUUCGCCUUCUUCAAUUUGCGUAUUUGAGCCAAGCUCAUCUUCACCAUCAUUCUCAUCACCAUCGCAAGCCAAACAUUCUCAAACUUGUUCGAAAAACGGAAAAUUCAAAGCUGGAAUGUUCAGUGGACAUUGGACACUUCGAGACAAAAAAGAAAUACGGCCGUCUAUACGUGAUAUUUCUGUUUUGUCAGUUGGGAAGAUGAAUUCGGAUGGUACAAUACAUACAAAUACAAAUAAGGAAUCUCAAAUACCAAAUUGCCGUAAUACUUGUAGUAAAAGCUGGAAUAUGACAAUGCGAGCGGCUCGUCCUAAAGAACCAUUUGAGUCAAAUUUCAACGAUGAAACUUUAAAAAAAACAUCGAAAAUUGUUUCGAAAAGAUUCUCCAAUCAAGGUUCAUACGCAAACGAAUAUUUUAAGCGUCGUGAACGUAUUAUUCCUAUUGAAGUUCAAGAAAAUCGAAAGCAAUUCGAUUUGCAAGGUAUGCUUGCUUAA